AAACCAAUGGGAGGUCAACUAGGAAGUGGCCCGUUAUUUAUGCCGAUUUCCAUUCGAAUCGGCCGCGUCUGAUUCCAAUGCGCAUCUUCGAUCAAUGGCAAUUGGACUUGUAUAAUUCGAUGUGUUUUUUCCCUGCUCAACUGACCGACCGAAGAGGAGCGAGCGCAGCUCAAGGACGCAGAAACAACGUUGAACCGUUAGAUGUCAGUGUUUACCUUACAAGGAUGAACGAAAUUGCCCAUUCGCGUUAUUUACUCGCGUACAAAUUGAAUGCAUUGAGUGUUUUGGAUCCAGUUCAAUAAUCAGACAGCCGACAUGUGACGCAAUCAUCUCGCGCUAAAAUACCAAAAGCAAACGUAUGGGGCGCCAUUAAAUGGUGUUGUACCCACCAAAAUGGCUGUUUAUUAUUUUGGACAAUCAAACAAAUGAAGAAAGAAACAAAGUAAACCUUCAGGUGUGUCAGACGUUCGGAAGUGUUUGAUGAAUGGCCGUUGCUGCUAUGGCACACGCUGCCACCCAACGUGAGAGCACUUGCAUGAAGAUUCCUUGUUCCCCCGAGGCCUGUUGACCACAGGUCACCUAAACCUACAAAGUCCAAACAAGCAAGGCUAACAGAGGUCAACAGACAUGCCUUAAGUCCAUCCGACACGCAUGAGAAAGCAGCCCAAAGUGUCCUUCCUGCCAUUUUGUCAGGUCUCGUUUCAAAGACCAGGAUGAUGGAGUCUUUGAGGGUCCCAACGCAAGAAACCUAAUUGCUAUGUUUCUUUACUCUGGACUUGUUGCUGUCUUUUGAGCAGAUCCACUUGAUUUGGGCAGGUGCAAACGGGAGCAGAUAGACUGGAUGAAAUUGAGUUGAGGGGGGGAGCACCCUUAUGUUGAGAAGAUUCUUCCGGAAGUGGGACCUAACAGCACCUUUUUUUUUUUUAAAUUUCGUUGUACAUGUGACAAUGACGAAUAAAGAUCUAUUCUAUCUAUUCUAUUCUUUUCUCCGAUGAAUGUCACUUUGGGGCCUGAGCUCUGGACUUUGUCAGCCACCAGUGAGCACACAACACGCUGAUUUACACAAGCGUGUGUGUGUGCGCGUGUGUGUAAAAUCGAGAUGAUCUGUGGCAGGAAGCGAUCCGUGUUGCUGUGUACACAUAAACAGCAGCCACGGCCACGCCAGAGGCAAUGUGGAGUGUACCUACUUUGAGGAAAGUGCUAUGUUUACAUUGGGGAAUUGUCGUAGUCUUGUGGAUGCCAUUGCCUGGGAGAGGCCACGAGUUAUUUGUGCCCCUGCGGCAGGAAGUGCGCUUUCACCACGCACGCACACACGCACACACACACACUUGAGCACGUAUACACUGGUUCGGCGCUGUUUAUGACAGAUGACCCCCGCCCGAGGACGGACGACCCCCCGCCUUUCCUAUUCCUAAAUCAGCAGCGUGUCGUCAAGGAAGUAAACAGCGUGACGGAGCCCGCCCGUGGACACCAUUUGUUAUUGUUAUUAUCAUAAGCUCCCGUAAAUAAAAUACACAAGUCCCACAUCUGCAUUGAUUGCGGGGGAGCCAAAAUGGCCAUCGGUCAACGUGAAGCAGAGCAAAUUGAGUCGCUUACCAUCCACGGUAACGCACGGUAGGUAGGAUGCGCACGUGCAGUUAACGCUAACACGCGACGCUAACAUCUGAAACUUAAUGCAUGCUGUUAGCGUCCUUUUGACCAACACGCCCGCACCUUCUUCUGACUGACAGAGCUGAAUAAAUGCUGGAUAUCAAGUAAAGACAUUGAGCGGCAUGACAACCAGUGAAAUAAGUGAGAAGAAGCAAACGCAAUGCUGAUGCCAUGCUAAGGUGCAUAGACCCGACUCAUAAAAGAUGCUAAUACACAUUGAUGAUUAUUUAUACGUAUAGCAUGAUAAUAUUUGAUGGUAAGUUUGGAGGAGCCUUGCAUACGUCACAAAAUGAAUGGCUGGAUGGCUGGCUGGCUGGUUGGCUGGCAAACGCACGCACGCACACACGCACGCACACACGCACACUUGCAGAACAGGCCUGUGCAUGACGUGGGUCCUGCUACAUUGCUGAGGUGUUUGUCUGUGUGUGUUUACAUGUUCAAUCGCAUGUGGUGACCUGUUGUACUCCCACAAUGCACGCAGUGUUUGUGUGUGUGUGUGUGUGUGUGUGUUAUGAUGAGCUGCUAAUCCGGCACAGGUCAACAAGGUCCCGAGCAAAUGUCAGUAAACACAACACACUCACACACAGACACACACGUGCACACGCAACUCGUCUCUGUGGUGUGUCAAAUGUAGAGGGGAAAAAAAAAAACGUUUUAGAUCAUUCUUUCUGUUAUCAUCUCCGCACCAGAAGCGAUUUGCGUGUGUGGUGUGUGUGUGUGUAGGUUUAAUAGUGCGCCCAUGCAUCUCACAUGAUGACUUGGAACGUAUCGAGCAAGUCAGAACGCUAGCUCGCAUUUCAGCACUUUUUGUUUCGAGUUGUGUAUCAAGUUAUCCUGAUAUCAUGGCUGCGUCAUGCGUGCGUGCGUGCAUGCGCGUGUGUGUGCGUGCAGCCUCCUUGUUGCCACUAAGUCGUGCCAGCUCAUUACGAGAUCAAUUACAAGCUUCUUAUUAGCACUCACAUGACGUUUAGCUCCUCACCUGACAGAGAGAGACGGGCGCGCAAUCACACACGCGUAACACAUGUCAACCAAACAAGCGCGAGCGAGCGCACACAUCACACACACACACACACACACACACACACACACACACACUUUAGACCCCAAAACAGCAACACUGUAUGCAUGUUAAGUUUUCGAUAAAUGCACAACAGUGCAUUUUCCUUCAUCAAACCAAUUUAGUAUUUAAGACAAAAGAAUAUAUUCAUUUUAAUUGCGUCCCCAAUGUGUAACUUGCCAGUUUUGCAAAUACUGUCGAGAUUUGUCUUCUUCAUAAUUGUACCUUUCCAAACGUUUUCCUGCUGAGCGCCUUUUGCGGUGUCUCAUCCGCACGACUUUGCAAGCAUGUUCGUUUCAAUUCCAACUCGCCCAACGCCAAAAUUUGCAAAUAACAAAUAGAUAUCGAGAAAAGCGCUCCAUUGUUUUCGGCUGUACGUUUUGACACGAUGCAGCCAAGAUCAUUUCCAAGUUCUACUUACAAGUUGAUCCCAAAAAAAACUUUUUUCCCUCCUAUCAUUCAAUUGCGUUUGUCACAAUCAUUCAUUCAAAGCGUAUAUAACGCCUGCCAUUUAUUUGUAUUUCACAUUCAAGUCAAAAACAGAAUUGCAAAAUGCAUGUCUAGAAUGAAAUAAGAAAUAGAAAGCGCCUAACAAAUCAAAUAAAAGCUGCAUUUUCGCAAAGAAUGGAAAGGUUGCUUUCAAAUCGAUUUUGGUGCAUGUUCUUACGGCUCAUGUUGAAACAGAUCUUUUUUUUUUCUCUCUCUCUCUCUCUCUCUCUCUCUCUCUCUCUUUUCCCUUUCUGCUGCUGUGAGGACGGCUGCCGAGGAUUUCAGCCCGGAGAAGGGAGAAGGGGGAAAAAAAGAAGACCAGACCUGCAGGUCUGAAUGCAUGGCGCCUCCAAGAAUGACAGCAGACAAGAGCGAGCUGAGCCAGCCCAGCCCAACCGCAGAACCGAGCACAGAAUCAAACAGAACCAAAGCAAUCGAUAAGGCUGGACAACCAGAGAGCCCAAGGUCAAGCAAAUCACCAAGUGGAACCAAAGCCAUGCACUUGGAGCAGAAAAUAGAAUCAAGAGGAACCCGAGCAAAGACUUAAUGGAACGCAAACUCAAACAACCACAUGAAGAUUAAGAAACACGUGGAAAGAUGCAUGCAUGGAAAAGAAGAACAAAAGUGCAUGGCUGAAACCAUCACAAGGAGCUAUAGGACUAACAGGUUGCUUCCUCACAACACACACACGCGGGCGGGCGGGCGCGCGCGCACACACACUUUCCAAAAGCAUGUGGACCUUUUGUGAUUGGUCCGUCCUUUCAACACCCCCCCCUUUCCCUCCGCGGCCUCAAUUCCCAGUUUUGGUGCGUUCGGGCGGACUCCCUUGCUCGCACCCGUGCACGGCCACCCGGGCUUGGGGAGGCCGUUGAAAAUGUUGACAAUGACGAUGAUGACGAUGCUCCAGAGCUCCACGCCUUUCUCCGUCAAAGACAUCUUGAGAUCGGGACGGGACUACCCCCCCGUCCACACGGCCCACAGCGUCCCGCCGCCCUCCGGCGCGCUGGCCCGGGACAGCGCCCCGGCGCCACCGAUGCCUUUCUUGGACCCUGAGCUCGCGCGGCUCGUCGGAGACCCGGAGGAGGACCAGGAGCAGGAGGAGGAAGACGGCGAGGCGGGAAGCGGACUGACCCCGGACGGCUACCCCGGGACGCGCCGAGGGGGGUGCCGGCUGGGGACCUCCCAAGACAUGGACCAGCGGAAGAGCAGCAAGCAUGCGGAGACUGCGUCGUCCCGGGUCGAAGCUUCCUCGGACGGGGUCCAGCCGAGGCCGCGGAGCCGCCGUCGCCGGCCGCGGGUGCUCUUCUCGCAGGCGCAGGUGCUGCAGCUGGAGCGCCGCUUCAAGCAGCAGCGCUACCUGUCGGCGCCCGAGCGGGAGCACCUGGCGGCGGCGCUCGAGCUCACCUCCAACCAGGUCAAGAUCUGGUUCCAGAACCGCCGCUACAAAUGCAAACGUCAGGGGCAAACCAGGACCGUGGAAGCGGGAGGCCUGCCCAUGCACGAAACUCCGCUGCCGCCGAGGCGCGUGGCCGUGCCCGUGCUCGUCCGAGACGGGAAGCCGUGCCACGCCAGCGGGGGCUCAACUCCCGGCAAUCCGAGCGCCGCUGCGCCGUACGCUUACGCGGGGGGCUACCCGGCCUACACGUACGGAGGCCCCGCGUACCACCAGAGCAACUCCAGCUGCGCAUACGGCGGCCCGGGGGCGGGGCCGGCGGCCGCAGGCUGCCCCAACGCCUUCGUCAGCUUAGGCGGCCUGCAGGGGCUCUCGGUGCCGGCCCACAACCGUCAGGGGGGCAUCCGGGCUUGGUAGGCGGAAGAAAAAAGAAAAGAGGAAAAAAUAAAAAAUAAUAAAAAAUCGGUUCAUUGACGGGAUUGUUGACGUCAGACAAAGAGAGAGGACUCGUGAUAAGAUGCAAGUUUGAAGUUUUUUGGACGUUUUUUUUUUUUUUUUUUGGUUGCUGUUAGUUCUUUCACGUCUAUUGUAUUAAA